AUGGCUAGCUCAAAUUCUCAAAACGUCAUCCGCAGAAAACUGGUCAUUAUUGGCGACGGUGCCUGUGGUAAAACUAGCUUGCUCAGUGUGUUCACACUUGGGUACUUUCCUCAGCGAUAUAUUCCGACAGUCUUUGAAAACUACGUAACCGAUUGCAGAGUCGACGGUAAAUCCGUGCAAUUGGCGUUAUGGGACACAGCAGGUCAAGAAGACUACGAGAGGCUACGGCCGCUGGCAUACUCAAAAGCCCAUGUCAUUUUGGUCGGUUUCUCAGUUGACACCCCGGAUUCACUGGAAAACGUAAAAAACAAGUGGAUCGAGGAAGCGACACGGCUAUGCGCUGGCGUUCCCAUCAUUCUAGUUGGAUUAAAAAAGGAUCUGCGAGCCGAUCCUGUGGCAAUUGAGGAAAUGCGCAAAAAGUCCCAGCGAUUCCUCACGCCCCACGACGGAGAAAUGGCUGCUCGGGAGGUCGGCGCAAAACGAUAUCUGGAGUGUUCCAGCCUGAGCGGCGAGGGGGUCGACGACGUUUUCGAGGCCGCAACACGAGCCGCCCUGCUGACAUUUGAAAAGGGCGAAGGAGGUGGUUGCUGCGUCGUUCUGUGA